AUGUCGACCUCGGCAGCACCAGCGACCGAUUAUACGCCGAUUGAACAGCUGUUGGCGUUACUACCAAAGCUAUUGGAGGGAAACGGUAACCUCGCCACGGUCACACAACUGCUCCCUCAUGGAGUUUUGGAAACAAUUCUCAACUCACCCUAUGGACCCGCGCUCGUAGACAUUCUCAACCAGGGCGUGGGAAAUCGACCACUGGAGUACUCGGAUCGAGUGCUCUCAAUUCUGCCCAUCCCACGAUACGCAUGGACAGGAACUGGAGUGGUGCAGGUACUCAAGAUGUCUCAUGAAGUGAUUGGCAACAACAUUCCGCCAUGGCUGAUCAACAUGGUCAUGACCACACAAGCAAACAUUUUCGGUAACUUCCCCAACAGGAAAGACAUUGCACCUAGUGGUGUUUUUGUGGCCGUCUUCUGUAUCCUGGCCUUUGGCCACUUUUACGUCUUCGGCAAGGGAGUGUCACGAAAACACUACUUCUGGCCGUCAUUCGGGCUCGGUUGGCAUUGCAUUCUUAAUACAAUUGGCUACGGCCUACGAAUCGGCUGGGGAAGAGACGUGACCAACAUUCGAAUUGGCAUUGCAUCCACCAUUCUCAUUGUGGCUAGUGUGGUCUAUGUCAACGCCAUGAACCUGCUUCUGGGACACCGAAUUCUCACAUACAGACAUCCCGAAACAGGAGAUUCGACGUGGUUUGGUACCCUUAUGAUUGUCAACUACAUUGUCAUCAUCGGUAUCAUUAUCAUGGCCAUCUGUUCCCAGGUGACCAUCUUCAUCUACUUCCUCGACUACGAACAUUGGCGUCAAGCAACAGGUGCAAUGCAAGCAGCGUCUGUAUUUGCCGUUGCGGUAGCAUCUGGAGCGCUGAUCAACAUCACCAUCGCAUACUCGCUCCCCCGUGGAGCCCUGGCACUGCAUAACGACGACAGAAGACGUCUCACCGCCUCGAACAUUGAAUCCUACGGCAUCUUCUGGUACCCUCCGAAGUACUCGCAGGUUUUGCAGUACGAGGCUGACCCCAGUGCCAAGCUGGACUCUGGCAAGCUCGCCGCUCGAGUGUUGAACGGUCGAGACCUUGGUACCUCCACUAUCAUCAUCAUUAUCACCACCGUGCUUCUUACCGUGUCUGCUGCUCUUAGAUGUGCAACCACCUUCAUUGGCUCCCGGUGGGAGCCCAAUGAGGCCCCCAUCUACUCGGGUACCCUCUUCUACAUUGGCUUCGGCGUGUUUGAGACCAUCACUAACGUCAUCUACUUGGUGACUCGCAUCGAUCUGCGUUUCUACAUCCCCGAUUGGCCCCUCAAGGGUUCCGGACCGCUCACCAUCAAGCCCGGAACCAUGGAGAUCUACAGAGACCCCUAUUCUGCACCCCCCAAGCCCGGCCCCGACGGAAAAACCAAGUCUGUCAACUAUGGACACUACGCCAACGCCGCUGGCCUGGACUACAACAUCCCCGGCAUGCCCACAGACGGCCAGAAGCUCCCCCACACUGGUGUCUCCACCAGUCUGGCCCACAACAUGGCUGCAGGCAUUGCUACCCCCGCUACCCCCGGCAUCGCUCAGAUGCCCGGUUACACCGCCACUGGUCUGGAACAUACAACACCUGGUCUUACCCCAGGUAUGACCCUGACCCCCGGCUAUGCAACCACACCAGGAUACAACUUUGUUCCUGGUACCGGAAUGUCUACUCUGACUCCCGGAAUGGCCACCAUGACUCCCGGCAUGACCCCUGGCAUGACCCCUGGUAUGACCCCAGGUAUGACUCCUAGUUUCCCCGGCAUGAUGAGCCCCUCUAUGAGCCCCGGUUUCACCAUGCCCCCUGGCUUUACAUCUGCAACUCCCGGAGUUCCUCCAGUUGCUGCUACACCUAGUCUUUCUCGAUCAGCUCAGGGCCACCAGGCUUCUCAUGCUCUGGCUCGAGAUCUCGGAGAACGAGGCCCAUCGCCUGCAGUUGGAAACUUCCAGGAAGCCACCUCUCUGCCCUCAGACUCUUCCUUCAGAGAGCCUACCCCCAUUAAGCCUCCUUCCCCUGUGGGUGCUAAUUCUCCUACUGUCGGCCAGGAGCUCAUGGGAACCGUGCCUCCUACACCUGCACACAAAAUGGCUCGUACUCCUCUACCUGCUGCUACUCCUGCUCCCAUGCCGGAGGUUACCUUUGGAGAUCCCUCUUUGGCCUCUCCUUCUCUUCAUGAGCCCAUGCCCAGCAUUGUGGCUCCUGAGGCCCCUCGAAUUCCCGAGAUCGUUUCUUUCCCUCAGACCCCCUUCCAGCCUGAGCGACGAGCUGUCACUCCUGCUCAUUUUCCCGAGCCCAUUCUUUCUCCCGCUACGCCUGCUCAGUUCCCCGACCCUCACACCUCCAUGUCCACUUUUAGUGGCUCGGUGACCAAGUUCCCUACUCUGGCCGAAGCCUCGUAUGGUACACCCCAGAUGGAGCGAGUGUCCAUCCCUUCUCCCAUCCAUGACUACGAUCCCCAUUACGGGCAGCCUUACGAGGAGCCUGAGGACGAGUAUCGACGCAGCGGCGGAUCCGAAGAAGCCAUGUAG